AUGAAUGAGAAUAUAUGUAGGGAUUGUAAAAUGACAUUUGAAUCAAGUGAAUAAUUGGCUAAUCACGUUAAAAGAGUAUUAAAGCAUAAAUUGAUGAUAGUUUUGUAUAAAUUCUGAUUAUGGUAAUUUAAAUAAAUUGGAACAGAAACAUGAAUAUGUUACAAAACCUGCCUAUCCAGAAAUGAAACCUAGUUUAAAAUAAUAGGAUCCAUCAUCACUAAAGAAUUAUGGUGGAUAUACAUUAGUAUGUAGAUUUAAUAAAUCAGGACUAAAUCAAAUCAAAUCUAAAAACUAAUGAUGAUGAUUUUAAAAGAUUAGAAAAUGCUGUACUUAGAAAGAAAGAGGAUGAAUUAAUUGAUUAAAUAGAUAAGCUAAAAUAGGACAGAUAAUAAAUGAGAGUAGUUAGUGAUUAAGAUGAACACAUUUAUUCAAUACUGUUACAAGAAGUAGAAUUGAAAAAAGAAAGAGAGUUUUAAAGUAGAAUAGAAAAAGAAUAGAUACGCAAAUUAAUUAAUGAAAUAGAUUCAUGGAAGAUGUCUGUAUUGGAAGAAUAAAAAAAAUAAAUGUUAGAAAAGUUAUUAGUGGAAAGAGAAGAUUUGAAAAAUAAAUAAUUAUAAUUAAUAGAAGAUAUCAAAUUAUUUACUAGAGGACAUAAAACAUUCUUUUCAAUGGAAUAAGCAUAAAGAGUUACUGAUAAUAGAAUAAUAGCAUCAGCUUAAUAUUCAGAAGCAAAAUAAUAAUUAGUUAAAUUACAUACUAGAUUAGAAUAUAUGGAUGCAGAGAGAAAUAGGAUUUAAGAUAAUGUAGAGAGAAUUAAAUUAGGAGAUUUUGGAGAAGUAAGAAGAGGAGAAUCUUCAAAAAAUAGUAUACGUAAUAGUUAAUAAAUAUUGAAUGAUUAAACUUAAAUAAGAAAUCAUUAGAAUUAUGAAGAAAUUGCAAGGAUGAAAGAAAAAAUAGCUUAAGAUGCUUAGAGAUUAGAAUAAUUAAAAAGAGAAUAAAUGGAAAGAGUAGAUAGAUUAAAAACAUCUAGACCUUAAUCUCAUUUAUCAAAUUAAGUUAUAGAUGAAUUAUAAUAAUUAAAAAAUGAUUAUUAAUAAGCAGGAGGUUAAGAUCCUAAGUUUUUAAAUGAUGUAAAUAAUUUAGAAUCCUUUUAUAAAGGAGCAGUAUAAUAACCGUAGUAAUUAUAAUAAUCAUAAUAAUAAUUUUAAUAAUAAUAAUAAUAAUAACCUAAUUAAUUUUAAUAAUAAUAACCAAUUUAAAUAUUUUAAUAAUAACCUAUGUUUAUUAAUCCUUAAUAAUAAGAAAUUUAAACAAUUAAACCAAAAAAAAAAGAUUUUAAUGAUCCAUUUUAAUAAUUUUCAAGAAAGAAAGAAUUUUUCUUAUAAAAUAAUGUGAGAGGGGUUGAUUUAACUAGAGAAGAAUAAAUAUUGAUGAAUUUGCAGGCAUAAGAAGUAGAUUCUUUAAGAAUGAUUUCAAGAAUUCCUAUAGGAACUGAAAUUUAUAGAUUUAAAAUGGAAUAAUAUAAAGAAUUGUCAACUAUGAGAGCUGAAAUGGAAAAAAUUAUUUAAGAAUAAAGAUUAUAAAGAGUAAGAAGAAAUUUCGAAAAGAAAAGAAGAGAAAAGGAUAAAGAAUUUGAAAAUAAUAAAUGGGUUGAUGAUCAAAGGAAAUUUAUAAUAGAAAAUAGAUUAAGGAAUGAUUUUGGAGAAGCAAGAAAGGAGAGUCAUUUAUAUGAUCCAGCUGAAGGAUUAGUUAUUCAUUGGGAUUAUGUUUUGGGAUUACCUAGAAAAACUAAACUUGCAUAAUUUGUUUUUGCAGUAUUUAAUAAUAUGCAAUAAUUAAAUUAACCAAAAUUAAUAGAACCUUAUGAUUGUGAAAUUGAAGGAGAGAGUUCUAAUCGUGUAUUAAUUGGAGAGACUAGUCAAUUAUAUGAAAUACCUGCUCAUCCAGAAGUAUUAAUUAUAGUCGAAGUGUAAUUACCUGUAAGUAAGAAAUUAGAAGAGAAUAUUGGUAAAACAUAAUCUUAUGGGUGGACAUAAAUUGAUUUGUUUGAUUAAUAAAGAUAAUUGAAGAGAGGCAAAUUCAAAUGUCCAUUAUAUAAAGGACCAACAGAUGCUACUAUUACAAUUGAAAAUAUUGCUAAAUUAGAACCUAUUCCAAAUGCAUGGUUUCAUAUGAGAAUUACCUAUCCAAAUGAUGAAGAUUUAGGAUAAGUUAGAUCAAUUUAUCCAGAAUAGACUGCCAUGGAAUACAAUAUACCUUAUAUACAUUUGAGAAGUUUAUUUGAUAGAAAUUAUGAAGCUGCCAUUGAAGGAAAGGAGUAAAAUAAUAAAGAUAAUGGAGAAUUCAGUUUGAAUGGUUAAAAUUAUAAAGUAACUGAGGAAGUAGAAGUGUUUGGAAAUAAAAGAAAGGCUACUCCAUAAAUUAAAUAAUAUGUUUUAAAAGGAGAUAUGAAAAAAGGUUAUAGAGUUCAAAUACAUUUCAUUUAAAAUAAAAUAGCCAAUAAUUUUAUGAGAGUAAUGUGUGCAGCAUUGACUGAUUAACAUCUUAUGAUGGAUCCAAGUGGUUAACCAUUAGCAUUUAAUACUACUAUUCAUGAUCCUAGUAGUCCUAAUCCAGGAUAAAAUACAGAAUCUAAUCCAUUUCCACUUAUAGAAGCUGAUCCUUAAAUGAAAGGUAUUAGUAACAAAGCUGCUAGAUCAAUUUUGAUUGAAUUUAAUGAAGAAUAUCGAUUUUUUUACAAUUUUCAAGAAUAAGCUAUGAGUUCUGGAAAAGUAUAUUAUUAAUUGAUAUUGUUUAGACUAUUUACCUUGGAUUUUAAGUAGUUGAAAAGAAUGCAUCUUAAGGAGGAGCUAAUACUACAAUGACAAUGGGAGAUUAUGAAGUUAUUGGUUGGUCUUAUAUAUUAUUUGUCAAGCCUGAUGGGAGUGUUAGAACUGGGAGAAAUACUUUAAAUUUAUUUAAUCCACCUUUGAAGAGACCACCAUUAGAUGAAUCAAAUGUAAUUAAAGUUAUUUAUCUUAGUUAUCAUAAUCAGGAAUUAAAUUAGAUUAUUCUUUGUAUGACUUUGAAUAUAAUGAUGAAGAUAUGAUCAAAUGGAAAAAUCAAAGAGUGUUUUGAUUAUGUCUAAUUUAUUUAAUUAAUAUGUAACAUUAAGGAGAUUUUAUGAUCAAUGUAUAUGAAAAUUCUUAUCUUAGGCUGAUUUAAUUAUCAAACAACUUUAAUGUGCAGUUUGCAUCAAUGAAUUCAAUAAUGCAUUUAUAACUAAAUGUGGGCAUUCUUUUUGUUAUGUAUAUAUUGAAUAAUUUAAAAUAGAAUUGUAUCGAAGAAGUCAUAAAUAGAUAUCAUAAGUGUCCUUUAUGUAACUUAGAUCUAAAUAAAACAGAUAUCUUUAAGAAUAAUCAAAUAAAUCAAAUAAAAUGUAAUUAGUUGAUUCAUAAUAGAAAUAAUUGAUGAAUAGAAGAAAUAAUAAUUAAAUAAUAAAGUAAAUAAUAUAUUUGGAGAUCAAGCUGCUAAUACUUUCUUGCCUGAUUAUAAAAUGAUAUCAGAUGUAAUUCAAUUUAAUAAUCAAGAUCUUUAAAAAUGCUGUCUAAUAAAUGUAUAAUAUAUAUGAAAACAAAUAUAUCGAUGCAAUAGAAGAAUAUAAAACUCGUUAAUAAGAAUUAAAAAUUGAAUAUACAUAAAGGUUAGAAGUUGUCAUGGAAGUAUUAAAAUAAAAUUAUAAAAUUAGGAUGAAGUCAAAGAAUAAAUUACUAUUAAUUAUAAGGAGGCAAUGAAACAAAUAGAAAACAGUUUUAAAUAAUUAAAAGAAUAUUAUGCUGAAUGUGUACAUAAAACUUUAGAAUAAUUUAAAUGUGAAUAGAUUGAUGUAAGAAUUUUAUAUAAUAUUAAGAUUCUAAUUUAAAUUGUGUUACCAUAAUAAAACACUUAAUUUCCAUGGCCAUUUAAAGUCAGCAAUAGAAUAAGUUCAAUUGCUGAAGUUAUUCAUUAACACUUUGAUAAAAAAAAUGAUCCUAUCUAAAACUUUGAUCCUACUAGAUUAAAAAUUGUAUUCUGCAAACCUUAAGAUCUUUAUAAGAUAACUCAAUAAGUAAUAAGGAUGGAACUUGAUGUCAUAUCUUAAUAAUAUCAAAUAUAUCCAAUGAAUAGUGAGAUAUUUUUGGCAUCUCUAGGUCAAGUUAAACAAGGAUCAAUUAUUGUUGUUAUGGGUGAGAUAAAAUUAAAGAGCCAAUAACCUAAAGAAUGCAUUACAUAUAAAUUUAACAAGGAUAGAUUGGUUGAUUAUUUUAGUUGUUAAUAAUGUGGAAUACAUUGGGUAUGUUAAAUUUGUAAAGACUUCUGUCAUUAAGGUCAUCAAUUGACAGUAUAUAGACAACAAGUGAAACCAGAUUGGGCUUGUUGCUAUUGUGUAUCUAAGGGAUUCUGUAAGGCAUUAAAUAAAAAUAAUUAAUGA